CAAGGAAAGGACGCCCUAGCAACAGCACCGCGUUUAUUGUGGCUCUUGACCGUUUUGCCGUGUUCCCUUCUUUCUUCUUCUCCUUCUUCUUCCUUGCUUGCCCACGUUGUUUCUCGUCUUCUGCAGUGGUGGUACUAUGCGAUAGUGUCAGCUCAUAGAAAGGUGCGGAGGGAUUUGGUCAUGGCGAAGAGUGGUGAGGUGGAGGUCGCAGAAGAAGCACACCCUUACGCUUUCCACGUCUCUGGGCCUCGAAAUCUUUCCUCUCCUAACUGGAGGGACCUCAUCUAUUCUAGUUGGAAAAGUCCAAAUUACAGAAGAACGGUUAUAGCUUGCUUUAUUCAAGCAGUGUAUCUUCUUGAGCUCGACAGACAAGAUAAAAGAAAUGACGAAAAUGCGCUUGCUCCGAAAUGGUGGAAGCCAUUUAAGUACAAACUAACUCGGACUUUAAUAGAUGACAGAGAUGGAUCCAUAUUUGGGGCAAUCCUAGAAUGGGAUCGAGCAGCUGCACUAUCAGACUUCAUCCUCAUGAGGCCAAGUGGUGCUCCACGGGCAGUUGUAGUACUCAGGGGAACAUUACUUAAAAGCCCAACCAUCAGAAGAGAUUUGGAGGAUGAUCUGCGUUUCCUUACUUGGGAAAGCUUGAAGGGUUCUGUCAGAUUUAACAAAGCAUUGGAAGCACUAAAGUCAACUGCAGAAAAGUUUGGUAGCGCCAAUAUUUGCAUUGCAGGUCACUCUCUUGGAGCAGGAUUAGCCCUGCAGGUAGGCAAAGCACUGGCCAAACAGGGACUGUAUGUAGAGACUCACUUGUUCAAUCCCCCCUCUGUUUCAAUUGCCAUGGGACUAAGAAGCAUCGGCGAGAGCGCAGAGUACUUGUGGAAGAGGAUCAGAGGUGCAAUGGACAUGGUUCGCGCAAUUCUGCCUGCAAAUUGUGAGGUUCAGCCCCUUGAUGAAGAAGAUAAUGGCAACAAGAGCGAUGGCGGUAAAGUCUGUAAGGAACUAAAGAAAUGGGUUCCUUACCUAUAUGUGAACAACAGCGACUAUAUCUGCUGCUACUACACCAAUCCAGCAGGCACAGUAGAAGGGCAAAAUGACGUCGCCGGUAGUCCGGCGAAGCCACAGGUUGAGGACCAAGGACAAUUGGCAGCAAAGCUUUUUGUGAUGUCGAAGGGCCCGCAGAAGUUUAUGGAGGCUCAUGGAUUGGAACAAUGGUGGUCUCAUGACUUGGAACUACGAGAGGCACAGCACAGCAAGCUCAUCAGCAGACAGUUAAAAUCUCUAUACACUGUUCAACCACAGCCUCAAGGCAAAACUCAAUGACGUGCUGGUACAGAGUCUUGAGGCGAAAACAGACGGCAUUAGUUUUUGGUUCUCCUUUGUUUUUCUGCAAACUAUGUCAAUGUCUCUGCAAAGGACAGUUUGACAAUAACAUUAAUAAUAUCAAUUACCGUUUACUAAUGUCAUA